GAGUGAGAGUGAGAGUGAGAGACAGAGAGAGAGAAAUGAGCAAGAAGAAAGUGCUAGUGGUUGGAGGCACAGGUUACUUAGGCCAGCAUCUAUUGCAAGGCCUUUCAGAGACCCAAGCAAGAGCACAAACAACAUCCCCUUUUUGUUACGAUGUAGCUUUCACCCACCAUUCCAGUCCUCCGCCUUCUCCGCUGCUCGAAGCCAUUCCCAAUGUUCUUGCUUUCCAUGUCGAUUUACGGACAGGAAAUGGAUUCGAAGCCAUCUCACAAGCAUUUGGACAGCCUCAUGUGGUGGUCAAUUGCGCUGCACUCUCCGUUCCUCGUGCCUGCGAAAUGGAUCCUACAGCAGCCAUGUCUAUUAAUGUGCCUUCUGCUCUUAUAAAAUGGUUAUCAACCUUCAAAGAGAACAUUACUCUUCUGAUUCAUCUAUCAACUGAUCAAGUUUAUGAAGGAGUGAAGUCGUUCUACAAGGAAGAGGAUGAAACUGUUCCUGUGAAUGUUUAUGGAAAAUCUAAAAUGGCAGCAGAGCAGUUCAUUUCAACGAACUGCUUAAACUUUGCUAUCUUGAGAAGCAGUAUAAUCAUCGGGCCACAGACUAUCUCCCCUGUUCCAAAGUCCCUACCAAUUCAGUGGAUGGAUGGUGUCCUUUGCAAAGGAGAUACAGUGGAUUUCUUUCACGAUGAGUUCCGUUGUCCUGUCUAUGUCAAGGAUCUCGUAACUGUCAUACUAACACUGACUAACAAAUGGAUCUCAGUGAAAUGGACUCUAUUACAUAAUUUGGGCACUCUGGCUGAAUGAACAAUAUCCGAGUCUAUAAACUGCAGAAAACAAGAGACGAUGUGAUGGGGAUUGGAAAGGCAUUGGAUGACAAUAAAUUGAAGGAUGAUGGGAAUUUUAGUAUAAUUAGGAAUUAUGGUUUAAUAGGAUUUUAUUUAUUUAUUAGUUAGUUUCCUAUUCUUUUGAUUUCCUAAUUAGAUAGUGCUUAUGCUUAUAUAUAUUGUCUUCAUGUAAUGGUUUGAAAGAUUGCACUAUGACGUGAUUUUGAAUAUUGAUUAUUGAGAUACUGAUUUGGGAUUGUGAUUCCCUGAUUUCUUUCUUUUUCUCUUCUUCUUCUUCUUAAUGCUACAUCGCUAUGUCAUGUAAUUUUGAAAUAUGAGUUACAUGUCAGCGUGGGCGUUCACUCAUUUUACACUGUACAUUUAAGAAGUAACAUUAAAAGGAAAUAUGGUAGAAAGGUUCUUCCAAAAGUUGGUUUUCCUCAUCAUACAGAUCCAACUGGACACAUGUCUAUUACCGAAGCCUCGUUUGUGCGUAACCUCUGCAUUUUUAUGUCUGGAUGCGUCAAUUGGAUUGUUAAUGUUGUACGACAUUUAGAUGUCUCAUGUACAAGAGUUGUCUAGGGUUUUUUUAAUUUUUUUUUUUUUUUGUAUUUUAUUUUCAACUUAAAGGAAAAGGUAUCCCCGGAUGGACUGCUUUAGUUUUUGGCAUUAUUUUUCGCCCCAACCUCAGAUUUUCUGCUUCUACAUUACCACCAAAGUGACAUAUAAUUUGAUAUAUGCCAUAAUGUAAUCAUGAAAUAUUACUUCGAGAGAUCAAUAGUAUAAUAAUGAAGUUGUCUUUGUUUUAUUAUAUUGUGGUUAAGGGAAAUUUUCUUACCUAUUGUUGUACUCUGAAAAAUUUCCAUUUUAUGGCUUUUCUCAGUGUUUACAUAUCUAAACUAACCUAUUGGUUUUAA